AUGGUUGAAAACAUGCCCGAGAUUGAAGAGCCAUGCCCCAAGAUCCCGAAGCUCCACGAGAGUGGCGUCGUUGGAACCGUCAAGGAGCCGAUCUCUCUGCUCAGAGUGAAGAAGCUUUCCGAGAAGGCUGUCUUGCCUUCGAGAGCGUCUCCUCUCUCCGCGGGCUACGAUCUUUCAAGCGCGACUGAGACGAAAGUGCCGGCGAGAGGGAAAGCGCUCGUCCCUACCGAUCUGAGCAUUGCAAUACCGGAAGGAACAUAUGCUCGAAUAGCACCGAGAUCUGGUUUGGCAUGGAAGCAUUCAAUCGACGUUGGUGCUGGCGUGAUCGAUGCGGACUACAGAGGUCCGGUUGGGGUGAUCCUGUUCAACCACUCCGACAUGGAUUUCGAAGUGAAUGUGGGCGACAGGAUCGCGCAGCUGGUCAUCGAGAAGAUCAUGACUCCUGAUGUUGUCGAGGUCGAGGACUUGGACUCCACUUUGAGGGGCGAGGGAGGGUUUGGGUCGACUGGGGUGUGA